AUGGCUUCGUUCUUGAGGAAAGAGCAGUUGGAGAGACAUACACACGUCGAGAGAGCUUUCCAACAACCCUUUCAGCGAUUGGAUAUUCUUGAAUUUGAGCAAAUGCUCGAUACUCCAGAAGCCAGAGCAAAAAUGGCUGCCGGGGAAAUGGUACUUGAGGCUUUCGACCCCUUGACGGACCCCGAAUACUUGGCAAAUUACGAAUAUCUGUCAAGAAUAAACGAGCCGGGAAGUUUGUACUGGAAACAGUAUGGUGACCCUUUCUACGCAUACGGCUACCGUCAACUUGAUGCUGCUCCUUUCGAGGAGAACAAUGCAACGGAAGAACAGUUGACUGUUAUUGACAAUAAAGCGGAAGUUGACAACAAAUAUUAUGGCAACAAAGGCGGUUCCGGAUUAAAGGGAAAUACGGAACACAAAGAGUUUGUAGAGACGGGAAGCUUUAAGGCCCCUGCGGAUCUCAAGACUCCCGCACCGGCUGCUACGGCUGGAGUUCUUGAUCUCACGACUCACCCAUUGAAUCAGACGACUAGACCCACCUCUAAGCACCAUUCCACCAAUACUCCUGUAGCUUCUCUUACCGUCAAGCCAUCAAACGUCAACUUCAUUACACCUUCCCAACCCUCCACCACCCCGCUCCCUUCGACUCCUCAGACUUUGACCACAGCGGUGGAGAAAAAAAACGACGGAAAGGAUUUUAUGAAGGUCAAGGUAAAAUAUUUUGACCAAUUUCUCAGCAGAAUGAAUCGAGCUCCCAUCCCAAAGCCUCCAAGAGGAGCGGAUGGUAAAGAGCUUGUCUCUCGAUUUAAGCAACGGAGCAACGCUAUUAGAGCUCUUUCUGAUGCAGAUGAUAAGAGGCUAGUCGAAUUUAUCGAGAGCCAAGAUAGCGUGAGGAAUACUUCUGGACAAGGGCGGAACGGUACACAAGGAAAUGUCACGUUUAAUACCGUUUAUUCUGCAAAGAGAAUGCGCAUCGAGAACUCCGGAACUGCAACUCGGGGUCAGCAGCAAAACUCAUCUCGAAGCUAUCACAAUAUCUCAAUGACACAUGGAGAUUUGGAAGAAGCUAAAUGGGAGAGCUCUGGGUAUGCUGGGAACCAUAACAAACCUCGGAUCGCUACGGAAGAGAAUGGCUAUGGAUUCCCUGAUGUUCAAGAGCCACAGGAUGGUGCACCAAAUGGAAAUAGCGCCUUCCAUUCAGGUUUUAAGGACAAGGGCUAUCACGGCGCUUCUCAAAAUAUGUACGAACCGCCCCAGAACAGAGUCCACGCCGGCCUUGAACAUUACGACAGCCUUCUACUUGAGCACAGAAAGUUCUGGAGCCCGAAACAAAGCGGAAAGAAAUGA